CAGAUUAGGGUACGUUGGCCAAUGAAAUGAGUCUGCAGUUAAUAGUAUCUCUUAUUUUUAACUGCGGUGACGGUGGCUUCAUGCCGGCCCACGGGAAACGGAACAUCUAGCCUACUGGUUUAAAUUCAUCAACUUUUGCACAAACCAAUAGAAGCAGCACGGAGCAGGGGAGCAGCAAGCCUCCACUGUAAACAUGAGUGUUUUAUACAUCGUUCUUCUCUUCACUUUCUCCACAGGUGUGUAUUCUGCGCUGUAUCCAAUAAAGAUCAGAUGCAACUACGACUCCAAGUACAAGGACAGUGCCAAAGUGUGGUGCAAACAGAACACUUCGCUGUGCUGCAAUGGAUUCUCGCUUAACGGGAGCCGCGUGACUAUGAACCAAGGCAAGGGGCAGCUCGUGGACCUCAAGGACGAGGGUGUCUUCCUCGUGGAGCUGAGCGCGUUCACCAUCGCCGAACAGGGCGUCUACUGGUGCGCUGUGAUGGACGGGGACGCGAUCAUCAAACUCCAGGAAUUCAAACUCUUUAAUGAAUUAAACGCUUGGGACUUCUUGAGAUAUGUUUUCGCGGCCAUCAUGCUCCUUGUCACUGUCUCAGUCACACUGAUUGCAAACAGAAAUGCUGCAAAGAAGCGCUCUGCAGAUCCCGUUAAUGACCAGGUUGAACUCUCUGCGCAGCAGAACGCGGCCAGAUCCCGCGAGAGUUAGGGUGAAGCACUGCGAGUCUCAAUGCAGUAGCGGUGGAACAUGAUGGGGUCAUAUUCGACAUGUGUUUGUUACUCCAGUGUUUUUCAGUAAAAAAAUAAAUAAUAAUAAUAAAAAAAUGAUCUGGUUUCAGAUGGGCGUCUGUGUCCUAAGCAGCAGUGUGGAGUAGUGGUUAGGGCUCUGGACUCUUGACCGGAGGGUCGUGGGUACCCUUGAGCAAGAUACUUUACCUAGUAAAAACCCAACCCUGUAAAUGGGUAAUUGUAUGUAAAAAAAAUAAUGUGAUAUCUGUAUAAUGUGAAAUAAUGCAUAAUGUGAUAUCUUGUAACAAUUGUAAGUCUGCUAAGAAAUAAUAAUAACAAUACAACAGCUCAUAAGUAAAGAACAGGCAGUUUCUGCAUUGUAAUCUUCGGAUGGUAGAACUUUAGGUACUCUCCAAACUGGGGCAUUACUGCACUUGUACUUGCAAUUACAGACCACUAGAGGGAAGCAGGCGGCUACUUUUUUUUCUAAUCCUAAAGAUGCUGUACGUGCGUUGGUGUAAUAAUUUCUCAAUAAUUGCGCAAUGAUAACUAUUUUGUGAUUGGUGUCUGACUCGGUAAUUAAAUAAUAAUAAUAAUAAUAAUAAUAAUAAUAAUAAUAAUAAUAAUAAUAAUAAUAAUAAAACAACAGCAGGUUUUCUCCCACAGCUCAAAAACACACGAUGAUUAACGUUAACGACAGGUGACGGGGAACUCGCCCUAGGAAGCAGAGAGAGAAAUCGUCAUUGUGUUGCUCAUCGGGAUUUACUCAGUAUUAGCUCAUCCGAUUCUAAAAAUCCUGGAGCGAGCAGCCGAGGUCUUAAGGCGCAGUCGUCUCAUUUAUAAUUCUUGGUUAAUACUUUGGUUUCAAAACAAGUGGGGGCGACAGUUUCUGAAGUCGGGGUUGCAUGAAGAUUAAUUUAUCUGAAAUAAUAAAAUAUGUUACAAAUAAAUAUAACAAAACAUUGCAUCCCGUGUAUGUCUAAUUAAAAGAUCCGAAGACUUUCCUGCGGCAGUCAUUCAAAACAAUACAUUGUUGGCACAAUGUUGUCCUGGGUGAUGAGUGCGGCACUUAGCUGUAUUAUUCAUUUUGAGUCAUGAAAUUACAAAGCCAUGGAUUUAUUGGAAGCGCAUUGAAGCUCCGCUCAGAUCGGAGCCACGAACAGAUCCCUUUAGUACAGCCAGGCCCUGAGGCAGCGCUGAGCGCUACAGCGAGCGUGGCAUAAUGCAGUUUUAAUGAGAGGGAUGAGAAUUGCACUUGAAUAUAUAUUUCUAGAAACGCUGAGGUUGAAAUACUUCCGAUAAAUACAGUUUUGCUGUUAAAAUGAUGCUAGUACUGUAUUGGUAUAAUAAAGGG